CUUCGCCUUCGCCCUGCUCCUGGAUGGACGGAGCGGCAGCGCCGCGCCCCUGCAGGGCAACGAGGGAGCGCCGCCGAUGGCCAAGAUCUACCCUCGGGGCAGCCACUGGGCCGUGGGGCAUUUCAUGGGAAAAAAGAGCACAGGAGAUUUUCCUUAUAUCUAUGAAGAACGAAGUGAGCCACGCCUCUCCUCGCUUCCUGACAACAUUAAGCAGCUAGGAGACUAUUUGCGGUGGGAAGACACCUUCAAGGAGUUUCUCCGACUGCUGGAGGGGAAUGAAAACCGAAGUGCUCAAGUCCUCAGAGAAGAACUGCCAUUUUCAGCCAAAAGCAGUUGGGAGGCGGAGGACAACAGCAGUCUUAAGGAUAUGCUGGACUACCUGGUGCAAGCAAUGGAUAGAAAAGAAACCUCUCCGAGCUGAAAAGAGUGUAAAUCAGCACCGAAGGCAUAGAAUAAUAUCCUUGAGAGACUAUGGUUUCAUGAGCAUUCUGUUGUAUAUGAUAAUAACUGGUGAAAUAUCUUUUGUGUUUAAACAAGGUUUUCCUUUGGUGUGAAGAUACCUGUAUCCUAGCAUUUUAUUCCUAACAAUGACUACACUCUUCGGCAGCUUCUUCCCCUACUUCCGAGCAGUGUUUGUCUUGUUCAUACUGCUUUGUUGUACAUAAUUGUCGAUGAAGAGUCUUCCAGUUCUCCAAUGGUACUUUGCCAUUUCUCUUUCUCUCUUCACAAUCACAACUUUUGUGUUUCAAUCACUCAGCAUCUUAGCAUUCACAAUAAAUCAAUAUAAUAUUAAAC